AUGGACAAUUCAAAUAAAAUCACUACUAUUGAUUCGGACACUUCGUCUUUUAGUGACCAUUCUCACAUCAUAGACAAAGAGGGUUCAUCCGAAGAUGAAAAUGCUCCUUUCUCCGUGAUUGAUGAGGGAAUUGGUACUCAAAAUGUGACUCCACCAUUCGAUUAUGAAAAAUUGCGUGAUAAUACUAACGAUAAAGUUUACCAAGUUUUUAAGAAAACUUGGAAAUGGAACGAAGCCAUUCACAGUGAAGUUCGCGCGAAUCAUGUCGAGUUUAAAAAUGAAACUUCUAAAAACGCUAAAUUGAUUUCGGAAACUAAAAAUGACAUGGAUCAUCUAAAGAAUAAAAUUUCGGAAGUAAAAAUUUCAAGUGACGUGAAUAAUCAAAUGUCCAACGCGAAAUACGCCGAAUUAUCGAGUAAAUUGGAAGAUACCCAAAAUAAUAUCAAUGAUGCGAAUAAUAACAUUUUCGAAAAUAAAAUGGACAUUAAAACAAUUUCGGAUUCGCUUCGUAAAGUCGAAAAUGACGCUAAAAUUCGCGAUGAAGGUUGCGACCAAUUGGUGAAUGAUUUAAACAUCGUAAAACAGGCAAUUCGUCAGCCACUACAUACGAAAACCGCGAAAGCUAAAUCGUUAGCUAUUGACGCAGAAUUCGAUGACUACUUUGCUGAGACAAAUGCCGUCGAAAAGCACAAAAUUUUCGCGUUUAAAGGCGUAAUUGCCACUAAAGAUCGUAAAGAAUUUUUGGAAACCGUUCGCAACGUAAACAACUAUCGUGAAUUAAAACAAAAGUUCCUUGAUUUCUACUGGGAUCGUCAUGCCCAAAACGAAGCCAUGAAAUUCUGCCGAUAUGACUUUGUUGUUACUGAAAACGCAAAAGACAUGGCGAAUCAAAUGACUCGUUGGGCUAGAUCACUGAAACAUCAUCGCCACGGCAAUGAUGAAGAAAUCAUUGAAAUUUUGAUUGGAAAAGCACCCGAGCAAUAUCAAUGGAUAUUGUCCGAAGAAGGUCAAACUUUGGACCAGUUUUUGACGAAAUUGAAUAAAGUAUCUCGUAUGCAACGCGAUCCGGACAACGAAGUUCCUAUUAUUUUUCGUAGGAACCAAAAACGUUUCGAUGAUUAUACCGGUAGAACUCCUUCAAAACCGCGCUUCACUUCCACGCAAGCACUGGGUAACGACCAGUUGCAGUCUUUACUCGAAAUCAUUGCUAAGAAACUUAAGCCAACCGCGACCAAUUCGAACUACAAUCGCGGUAAUUAUCAAAACAACAAUUCUGGCACACCAAAACCGAAUUACGAACGUAAUAAUAAUCCGACCACCACGAAUUCGAAUUACAACCGCGGUACUUAUCAGAAUAAUAAUAAUAAUGCUACUCAUCAAUUGAAUAAAAAUUCUACAAAUUAUAUGCCGAAAGACAAGUCUGAUCCGAAAUCACCUACUCAAAAUACGUCUCAACCACCCAAAAAUACGUCGAACUCCAACUCGACUAAUUAUCCAAAACCUUUUGACGUCGACAAAGGAGGUAACCUCGUUAUGAAACGAUUUAAUCCAAAAACUCCAUCAACCAUCCCACUUCCUGUCAAAACUGUUCAAAUUGACGAAGAAGACGAUGACGACGUGAUUAUUCAAACCCCUUUGGACGAUUCUACUGAUUUGACUGCUGUUUGCAAUAUGCUAAACACUCUUUUUGAAAAUACCGACGAAAUUGAUUCUCAACAAAUUACAGCCGCGGUUCAAAUGCUUACGACGAAAGUUUCAGAUUCCAACACUGAAGAAGAAGCGUCUUCGGGAAACGAGAGUCACUAG